UGUGGCUUUUCCACGUAGCGUCUUGUUUGGCCCAGACAGUGCGCCGUCCAGUACGUCCAGUGGGUUGCCAUAGAGACCGGCGAGUGCUGGGCCUGCGAAAGCAAAGCGCUGGGGCUACGCACUGUGAUCCUGACUCCUGAGGACCCGAGUACCAUGGCUUUCCGUGACCUCCGAAAUUUCAUAGAGAUGAUGAGAGCCCUAGGGUACCCGCGACAUAUUUCCAUGGAAAGUUUCCGCACACCGAACUUUGGACUUGUAUCUGAAGUGCUUCUCUGGCUUGUGAAAAGGUAUGAGCCUCAGACUGACAUCCCUUCUGAUGUUGAGACUGAACAAGACCGAGUUUUCUUCAUUAAGGCAGUUGCCCAGUUCAUGGCCACACAGGCACAUAUCAAACUCAAUACCAAGAACCUUUACCAAGCAGAUGGGUGUGCAGUGAAAGAACUGCUGAAGAUCACAUCUGUCCUUUAUAACGCAAUGAAGACCAAAGGGAUGGAAGGCUCCAAAAUAGGCGAGGAAGAUAUCAGCAAGUUCAAGUUUGAUCUUAGCUCCAGGAUUGCAGAUUUGAAAGCAGCCAAGCAGCUUGCCUCUGAGAUCACCUCCAAAGGAGCAUUUCUGUAUGACUUGCUGGGAAAGGAGGUCGAGCUAAGGAAACUGAGAACAGAAGCCAUUGCCAGACCUCUGGAAAUAAAUGAGAUUGAAAAAGUGAUGAGACUUGCAAUAAAAGAGAUUUUGUCACAGGUUCAGAAGACCAAAGACCUGCUCAAUAAUGUGGCCUCUGAUGAAGCUAAUUUAGAAGCCAAAAUUGAAAAGCGAAAGUUAGAACUGGAAAGAAGUCGGAAGCGGCUCCAGACUCUGCAGAGCGUCAGGCCAGCCUUUAUGGAUGAAUAUGAGAAGAUCGAGGAGGAAUUGCAAAAGCAGUAUGACAUUUAUGUAGAGAAAUUUCGAAAUUUGGCUUACCUGGAACAACAACUUGAGGACCAUCACCGGAUGGAGCAAGAGAGGUUUGAAGAAGCUGAAAAUACUCUCCGCCUGACGCAAAACAAACUAAAGGAAGAGGAAAAACGGCUGCUUAAGAGUGGAAAUAACGAUGACUCGGAGAUAGACAUCCAGGAGGAUGACGAAUCCGACAGUGAGUUGGAGGAGAGACAGUUCUCCAAGCCUCGGACAGCCAUGGAGGUGCUCAUGCAAGGAAGACCCAGCAAACACGUUGUGGGCACAAUGCAAGGUGGAGAGUCAGAUGACGACAUGGAAGCAGCUCCACCUCUGUUAGGUAAAUGCAAGACUCCCAGCUCCAGGAAGCAGGAAAACUCAGAGGACAGUGAAAUUGACCUGGAAGAUGAUGAAGAAGAUGAAGAUGAUUUGGAAGAUGGGAGCAUUGCUGUCUCACCAGCUAAGCCCAGUCGAAGAGUCCAGAAACCUGAGCCACUGGAUGAAAGUGACAGUGAUUUCUGACCUCUUACCAAGGGACCCAGGCAGAUGAAAGACCUCAGAUUUGUAGGUAAACAAGAAAUUAGAAGACUUGGAAGGUAGACAUGCACUUUGUUCUCUAAUCCAGCUGGACUGAUUAUUCCUGAAGCAGUGCCUCUUCCAGUUUUAUUCUCCUGUGUUUAUACCAUAUUUCAUGAACCUUCAGUAAAAACCAAAGCAAACCUCAAAGACGAUUUUCUUUUCCCUUCUUUGUUCCUUAAAACUUUGGAAAUGUAUGUUUUUAAUAGUUCAGAUCUGGCUGGGGCUUUAGUUUAGUGGCACCGCACCUGCCUCAUAAGCACAAGGUCUUGAGUUCAAUCCCUG